CCAACCGCUGCUGUUGUAGUGAAAGAAAACUCAAGCUUUCAAAGCGCGGACUGCCGCCGAAAAGAAGAGUCGUUUUUCCUUUUCCGAGUGCGAGGGUUCCAACCAACCAUUGAGUAGCAAAGAAGCAAAAAAGUGGAAGUCCCCAUUUUGUACGCAAUAGUUUGUAGAACACUGAAAUUCCUGAAGUGCCCGAUCCGAUUGGGACAAAUUUGGGAGUGGAAAGGCUUUAGUUGAUGCCUGGAGAAGAAAAUGAUCGGGUUUUAUUGAUUUGCUCGGAGAGUGCGCAAAAUUUUCACAAUUUUUUCCACUUUGGGAGUGUGCGACGGGAUAGAAGAAGAAGCUGGUGGCCGUGAAAAGUCCGCCGUCUGUGCAACAGACAAUCGCUCUAGGAGUAGUGCCUAUAACCUAGACGAGGUGGUAGUGUUCCAGACGAGGUCAAAAGUGAAAAAGCGCGCGCGGUUUUGGUUUGGUUGCGCGAAAACUUCCCCAAAGUGCCCAAUAGUUCAAUGAGAGCAAAAGACUUCCGAUAGAUCUCUCCCGUUUAAUAAUGGCUACUGUUGCCAUUGCAAGUAAUUUACCGCAGCGGCGGUAGUAAAGUGCCAGUGCGUUGAAAUUUCUGCUGGUUGUGUUCCAGCAGAUACCGAGACCGAGGUCUGUACGGAAGCCUUCAAAGAUCUGUCCAAGCGCAUAAGCCAGAGUAAACAAUAGAGAGGACAGCAGCGGUUGGCCCUCGCGCGCAAAUGCUGACAUCGGCGGCAUCGCGAAACGAAACGCUUUUUGCCGGAAAGAAAGAAACAAAUUAUGUACACAAUUCAUUCUAAGCAGAAACAGCCACAACAGCAGCAGCAACAGAAACAGCAGCACUAUGUAGUGUCCACUAGCGGGAGGGGUAGGUUAACUAAUAUGGAAUUCAACAAAAAGACUGGCGAGUCAUAUGGACUGAAUGGCAGCGGCGGCAGCAGCAGCAGCAGCAACAACAGCAACCAUACUGAAUGUGCAAGUACAAACCAAUCGAUGGCCUUUGGUGGUGGCACCCGGAAGUCAUCGAUCGGCAGCGGUAGUGAUCUGUCCUGCGAAGACUACGAGGAGGUGAAACCGGACAUCAAAGUCAGCUCGCACCUGCUCGACCAUGGGUACGGAUACGGUGUAACGCCGCAGUACCAUCAUCAGCAACAACCUCAAACGCAGCAACAGCAGCAGCAGCAACAACCAAGCCAUCAUCACCAUAGUAGCAGUAGCAGUACUAGUAGUAAUAGUCAUAAUAGCAGUAGUCAUCAACAGAAUAGUAGUUAUAGCCGGCAUCACCACAGUCCAACGGCGUCCGGAUCGGGAUCGGGAUCAUCGUCGUCGAGAAGUGGCACGGCGACCACUCCAACACACAACCACCACCACCAUGCCAAGCAAACGACGCCGAGUCGGACGGCUGGACUGCACCACCAACACAAGAGUGCCAGCGGGGAUCCUCAGAUUACAAAUUAUUUCAAGGCGGUGAAACGUAGGCCCCCCUCCAGCUUAUCGCCCACUCCGACCAAAGUAGCCAAACAAUGCAGUAGUAAACAGCCCAGCUCUACCUGUUCUACACCCACGUCGACCGUGUCGUCCAGUUCGUCGAAGAAGCGGUAUUCGGAGGGAACGAGGUAUGACACCUCGCUAGGUCUGCUCACGAAAAAGUUCGUCGACCUGCUGAAGGAUUCGGCCGACGGGGUGGUCGAUCUGAACAUUGCCUCCACGAAACUGAACGUACAAAAGCGUCGGAUCUACGACAUUACCAACGUGCUCGAAGGGAUCGGUAUCCUGGAGAAAAAGUCCAAGAACAACAUCCAGUGGAAGUGCGGGAACUCGUUGUGCAAUAUCGAAAAGAACAACCGAAUACAGCGCGAUCGGUAUCUGCUGGAGCAGAAGGAGAACAUGCUGGACCGCAUGAUUGUCGAGAUGCGCAAUAUGACGUCGGACGACAUGCAAACCACGAAGCAUGCCUACGUCACCUGUCAGGAUCUGAACUCGAUCGACAUCUUCAAGGAGCAGAUCAUCGUGGUAAUUAAGGCCCCUCCGGAGGCGAAAUUGGUGCUACCUGACGUGCAACAGCCGCGGGAAAUCUUUUUGAAAUCGGAAAAGGGCGAAAUCGACGUGUUCCUGUGUCCGGAAUCGUCGGAGGGUUCACCAAACGGCGGAAGCCUCGGCGGACUCGGUAGUUGUAGUGGUAGCUUGUUUGGAGGCAGUACCGGAGGGAACGGUAACAGCAGGUCUGGACCGGAUCCUUUACUGGAAAAUAUUGACCCACUGUUGUCACCGUUUAGCGAAAAGCUUUUCAGCCCUAAGGAUAAGACAAGAACCAACAUUAUGAAACAGUUUAGUUCAAUGAGUUCAGUGAGGAACCUCAAAGCCUUGUUCGGAGGACCUGCCGUCGAAGUCAAAGCGGAACCAAGUGCAGUGGACUUGCUAAACGGACAUUUGAUGGGUGUGGCAGAUACCGCGCAAACAAACAACUCGUCGCCGUGGAUGCUAACGCAAAAGGAACUACAUCUCCUCAGUGAAAGCGGCGACAACAGUGUGAUACCGACAACGAAAACCGCCGCCAAAUCGUUAUUCUUCACCGCCGAUUCGAUCAAAAAAGAACGAUUAGAUCCGGAUCAGGUCGAUUCCAGUGUCGGUACCGUCGGUUCCCAGAAGCUCCUGCCGAUGGAAAUCACCCACAAAAACGCAUCGUUGAGCGAUGGCAACAAACUUAGCCCAGAGACGCUGCUACCCCAGGAGGCCAACUCCCAGUUCAAUCCGGACGGAUUGUCACUGAAAUCACUGAGCGCCAAAACGACUCCGGUCAAUAUGCGCGAACGGAACGCAAUGCUCCCGGAGCUGGGCAACUGCAGUCCCUUCAAUCUACCGUACCCGGAAGUGCCCGAAAUGGAUGCAUUCCUGCCGCUGGAACCGCUGGACAACGAUUACAACUUCUCCCUGGACCAUACCGAGGGCGUGUUCGACUUGUUCGAUUUUACUUUUUAGUUCAAAUUUAUGUGGGAAUAUACAAUAUGCCAAUAUAUCUAUAUUUUAGUUCUAUUAAUAUUAUAUUAUUAUUACUAUCGUAAGCUGCUGCCGCUACUAGAACUGAGACAGAGGAUGGGACAUCGCGUAGGUGUCCGCGAGGUUAGGCGGUUAGGACAGCGUGGCGCAUAUUCUGUUGAAUGUAUUUUUUUUUCUUAUGCGUGAUCUGUAAGACCAGUUUUCCUUAUUAUAUGUUUUUGGAAACGAAACGAAAAGGCGUUAUUUUUUCGUAAAACACGGCACUAGACAUUCAGUGUUUAGGAAAGUAUUCGAUCGAGCUGGAAACAUCGGUGUUACUAUAGGAUUGUUUAUACUAUGCUCUAUUGAUUGGUGAUAAGUUCUACAUUUUUUGUAAAUAUUGUUCUGUAAAUUAUUAAAAAAGGAAACAAAGUCGAAGCAAGAACUAACAUGAGAGGCGACCCACAAUUUAUCUCGAGAGAAUCUAUAGUGACCUGACCAUACUUCUCCCAGUUGAAACUGAACCCUUUCGUCAAUGCGCUUAUGAAGAAAUAAAAACGAUAACGAUGAUCAAAACCAAUCACAGUGGGAGAAGAAGCCGUAACCAGGACGACACGAGGUGAAUCGAGAUGAUAGAGUUCCCUCCCUGAACUCCACUGAACGUCAUCUACGAAUUAAUAAGAACAAAACGCUGUUAUAAAUUUUCUUAGGCCAAUCGUAAAGAAAACUCAAGUCUAGUAAUAGUAAGUACAGUCGUACUAAAUGCAAAAUAAAAUGAAUGCACACAAAUCAUACAAAAUAAAACAACAAUUACGAUCGGAGGACGCCGCCUGAGGGCCCUCUAGAUUUUAAGCCAGAAACCCUUAAUUUAUACAUAUAUUUUUAAUAGAAAUGUCUAAAAAUGCUGAUACAACAAGACAAACAAAAGUCCCACAAAUAACCAAUCAAAUCUGAGAAUGAGUACAGUCAGAGUAAAACCAAGUAGCGAAUAGAACUUGUGCAAAACCGGUUUUUGCGGUCGUUCUUUUACAAAGAUGCAAAUUUUAACGUUCGUUUAUGUCCUAUUUAUUUGAUUUUUUAGAGGUCUGUUCUGGAAGUCUGGCUGAGAGGAGUUACUAUAGCUUACUCUUCAAAUAGAGCGAGGUAACAGCUCGGUUCGCGAAAAAUCUCCCAGCUCAAAAAGUUGACUUGCCGUGAAAGUCGAAUUGCAGUUUGAUUAACAGAAUAGACCUCUUGUCAAACUAUCCGUGAUUCGUUUCCUCGGUAUGGAUUUCGCAGGGAACAAUCCAAAAGCUAGAAUCGGUGAAGAAGAGAGUAAAGAUUGAAAAAAAAAAUACGCUUGUUAGUUUGUCUCCGUUGCCAAUUGAUUCAUUUUUAUGGAGAGAGAAGAUAAGAAUAAAACUAAUUGCAAACGUUGUUAUCUGAAUUUGAACGAUUUUUUUCUUCUAUCGGCUUGAUCCGUCUACAACUCACACAUGAUAUCAAUAGAGGUUGUUGCAUGAUUUGACUCGGUUCAUAUGCAAUCCCGGUACCCGUCAUAAGCAGUUCGGUUCCAUUGCCCGUUUGUUACACUUUAUACCUUUCGUCAACUUGUAUAAACUCAUUCGCAAUCCUACCGUUACUGAUCGUGGCGCAGAGCAGCCUUCUGUGCUCCUAGCCAAGCAAUCUGAUAAACUGAUUUCCAUUGUUUUUGUUUUGUUCUUCGGUAUAUUUGUAUGUACAUUGACUUUUAUAUCCGGGUGUAAAUUUGCCUUUUCCGCUGAAUGCGCGUGCACGUGAGAGCUACGAGUCCAGAGCUACGAGAGUUGAAGAAUGUUGUAAAUAUCACGGGAGAUGUUGAGUGGUGGAGUCACAGACAGAGAAUGGUGUCGAAAAUUGAUUGGAAACAAAGAAAAAAAAACUUAACAAAAAAAACAUACACUACAGUUAACGUACUUUCCACACACUCGGUCUUGCGACAAGACUAGCAUUUCUUCUGUGUACCACUCGUGAGAUAAUAACAAAACAAACAAAAUAGAGAAAAAUGCUGAAAAUAUUGAA